AUGAACAGUACAAAGCUGAGAAUGAAAAACCGGAGAAAAUACAAAAACGUUGGAGGGUUAGAUGUGAAAUAUACCUUUUCCUUGCUCCACCGCUGCUAUCGCUGCUGCUCCAACACUCAACAGUCAGAAAAAGGGUGGGUUUUGCUUCUCUGUCCAUCAGGAUCAGAGUGUCCCAAGAUUAGCAGGAUGAUGAGACAAAUUGCAGUAACAGUAGCGACGCUUUUGCUUGUUGCACUUGAGAUUCCAACCGGGCUAACCCUUCCAUCCACAGUACCUGCAUUUCUCUGGUCGCCCCUUGAAGAUGGCAAUGGAAUAAAGGAAGCAGUAAAUUAUCAAACUCUCUCUACAAAGGAUUUGGCCAAGUCUGUUCUGUCUGAAGGGGGCUGGUCAAACUUACUGUGUUCAGGGAAGGAAGCUCAGCAUCAUUCUGUAGAUGUUGCUCUUCUAUUUGUUAGGAGAGAGUUACAAUCAUGGGAUAGUUCUGGUGCAAAACAUGUAGACUCAUCAGUUGUGGACUUUCUCGAGGUAUCUUUCACAGGUGCCAAUUUUACCUUGGCAUUCCCGUACAUUGCUGCUUCACAAGAGGAAGAGGCGGUGGAAAGUUCAUUGAUUUCAGAGUUUGCAGAAACUUGUGGGCAUAACUUAGCUGGUAAAGUUUCUUUCAUGGAGUCCUGUUCAUUGGAUGGUGGAAAUUAUGAAAAACUUUCAGACAUUAAAACCUUCCAUGACUAUUUGGUUUCGAGGAUGGAAAAGAGACAGAAGGGGCAAGCAUAUUUGGCUGUAUUUUGCCAGGGAAGCUCACAUUCUGAAAGUUUGAAUGGACAUGCAGGUCAGAUUCUCUCUGAGCUUAUCAGUUCUAUGGAGCAGUCCGGGGCAAUGUAUACGGUUCUCUAUGUUUCUGAUCCUUUGAGGCCAGUGCAAUAUCCUUCUUAUAGGGAGUUGGAAAGGUUUCUUGCAGAAAGUGCCUCAGGAAAUGGAUCAUUCAAUUCCACUUCUUGUGAUGGAGUUUGCCUUGUAAAAUCAUCACUUUUGGAGGGAAUCUUAGUGGGGAUUGUUCUGCUUCUAAUUUUAAUAUCUGGCCUUUGCUGUGUGGUGGGUAUUGACACUCCGGCUAGGUUUGAAACUCCCCAGGAUUCUUGAUCUGUUGUUUGCGGAAGAUAUACCUGAAUUGUGUUACUGGGGAUGCGAUUCACACGUGAAGGAAUUUGAUUAACCAUAUGAAACCUUCUGAUGUCAUGGAAGGUUUGCUUGAUGGAUUGUGCUGUAAAAUGGUACCGUGGUCUUAUAAUAAGUUGUUCCCAAUCUAUAUUUGUCCUCGGUUGCAACCUGCACAGUGUAACUGGAUGAUAUAUUCUUUAUUUUGAGAAUCAGGAUAUGCAGAAAUUUUGGGGUACUAUUAUCGAUAUCUGAGAUAAUGAUAAUGGCACUUAAGGAAAUGUUCCUUUUA